AUGCAGGACAGCACCGACUGGUCGACCUCGUCCAUGCUUGACUACCAGUUUGCGCCCGCGGCCUUCGACCAACCUCCGCCCGACACUGCACCUGUCGAGGAACAGGCACCGCUCGUGACGAUCGUUCAGUGCGCCAGCAUCAACGUCGUGCAUCGCCUCUCGUCCGGCCUGCUCACCGAGGAGAAGAACCUGCAGCGCUAUGGGCGCAUGGCCAUGUCCCUGCACGGGCACACGCUCAGCUUUGAGGUCACGUUCCGCGGGCCGGUCCUGAGGGCAACCGGUCAGAUGCCCGGCACGGGGCCUCUCGAGGACGUCAUGGCAAUGGCGGUCCACGAGGUCCUCCACAACCGCAACCUCGACACCGACGUCCCCUUCUUCCUGUCGCGCCCCUCGACCCUCGAGAACAUCGCCCUGUUCGUGUGGCGCAACCUGAGCGUCAUCCUCUCCGCGCUUCCGCAAAACACGUGCCAGGUCUCGGUCGAGACGACGCCCUGCCCGCGCGCGACGACCGGCCCGCGAGCCAUGUCCAAGAUCCGGGUCGUCUACUCGGGCGAGAUGACGACGACGACGCCGUCGGGCUGA